UAGUCACUGUAGUAGGUAGAAAACCGCUAACAUAUAAUGUCGGUGACGAGGUUAGGUAGCGUGUAUACAUUUUAGCUUAUUUUGACAGUGAAAAAUUCAAAUGUCAACCGCGAAAACAGGGCAAAUGUUGUCUUUUUGACCGAAUUUGCGGAAAAUAUGAAUGCCAGAAUGAGCAGCUAUAAAGGAAGCCAACUCUUCGCGAGUUUGGCGGAAAAUGUGGGGUUAGAAACGGACCAAAUGAACUUUGUAAUGAGCCAGAUUAUGGCUUUGCUAUUGUCAACAUUAUACCGAACUAUGUUACACCCUUCGAAGACCAGUCCUCAAGUUAGACAUACGUUUGGACUAGUUAUUGGAUUAUUUAUGGGAUACUUUUGUUUUGGAUUGCAAGCAGUACAUUUGGCAGUUUUACCAACUGUGUGUUAUUUGGUUAUUUUGACCCAUAAUCCUCAUAUAAUGCACGGCAUGGUGUUAGCAGUGGCCUUACUGUACCUAUCCUGCGUCCAUCUAUAUCGUCAAAUCUACGACUAUGGAUCAUUUGGGUUAGACAUUAGCGGUCCGCUUAUGGUCAUUACACAAAAAGUUUCUUCUUUAGCAUUUAGCCUUCACGAUGGUCUUACCAAAUCAGAACUAGAAAUGACACACAGUCAGAAGUACCACGCUAUAUACAAAACACCAAGUUUUAUAGAAUAUUUUGGUUAUAAUUUACAGUUUCCUUCCCUAAUGGCCGGCCCUGUGAUUUUUUAUACUGAUUACAUAGAUUUCAUAGAGGGUAACAGUUACGUAAAAGUUCCAAUAAGUUCAACGAGUUCAGAAGUUGUAAAUGAGCCAAGUCCCAUUAAGGCCGUCAUCAAAAAAGUAACGAUAGCAUUAUUCUGUGCAUUUAUAUUUGUUAAAUUUCUUCCUAGAUUUCCAAUAAGCCGUGUUAAAGAUCAAAAUUUUGUGGAAAACACUAGCACUAGUUAUAAAUUUUGGUACCUGACUGUGAGUACAACAUUAGUGAGAUUUAAGUAUUACUUCGCUUGGACGAUAGCGGAUGCAAUCUGUAAUAAUAGCGGUAUAGGAUUUUCAGGAUACUCUAAAGAUGGUAUAGAACAGUGGGAUAAAAUCUCAAAUGUGGACAUUUUACAAUUUGAAUUUGCGACGAGUUUAAAGCAAGCUAUAGAAUCUUGGAACAAAGGGACAAACGUUUGGUUAAGGAUGAUUGUGUACGAAAGGGUAACAAGAUAUCCAACUGUUUUUACUUACUUGUUGUCUGCAUUAUGGCAUGGUUUUUAUCCGGGGUAUUAUCUCACAUUCCUGAGCGGCGCUCUAUUUACCUUUGCAGCUAGGCAAGUACGAAGAUACGUCCGAAACUAUUUCAUGGAUAGUAGAGAAACAAAACUUUUAUAUGAUCUUAUUACAUUUGCUGUUACACAUUUUGUUCUUGCUUAUAUUACUUUCCCUUUUGUCUCUCUAGAAUUUUAUUCAUCUGUUGUAUUAUAUAAUAAGAUGUAUUGGUGUCUUCACAUAGGGGCUGUUCUUGCAUUCAUAUUUAUACCUAAAUUUGUGCCUAAAUCAGAACCGAGGGAAAUUUCAUCUAAAAGUGGAAUCGCUCAUGCUCUGCGACAAGCGGGACCAUAUUCCCAUAAUGACUGAUUUUCUAAGUAACUUCAAAUCCAAAGAAUUUAUAUACAAUAUACGCACAAUAAAUAUACACACAAAAUAAAUGGUCUGAUUUUUAUAUAGUUAAAGCCUAAUAUUGUACUGGAGUUAUACA